AUGGUCUGGCAGCGGGGGCAGGGGCAGUCUGGAGAGUUUGAGGUGUACCGGCGGCACCUCGGGCACCGGGCCAUGGAGGUGGGCACUGCCGCUACUUGCCCAACUCUUUCCUCCCUCUCGUGUCCCGCCCUCAGGUUUGGUCUCCCAGACUCGCGGCGUCACGGGGAGUUCAUCUGUCUGUCCCCCUGUAACACUCUGGCUGGGGUCACGGACGACUUCGGCAGGGUCACGCUGCUUGACGUGGGGAGAGGCAUAGCUAUCCGCAUGUGGAAGGGAUACCGGGAUGCCCAGCUGGGUUGGGUGCAGGUGUCUGAGGGGCGGGGCGAGCGCGACUCCUCGCCCUCUGCGCCCCUCCCUCGGCGCCACGCCCAGUUCCUGGUCAUCUAUGCACCCAGGAGAGGCAUCCUGGAGGUGUGGGGCACACAGCAGGGUCCCAGAGUAGGAGCCUUCACUGUAGGGAAACACUGCAGGUUGCUGUAUGCAGGGUACCGGCUGAUGGGGGUGAACAGUGUGACUAGUCAGGGCUGGCUGCUCCACACACAGCAAGUGUGUCUGUUUGACCCUGCUACUGGAGCACUACGCACUGUCACUGUCCCCUUCCAUCUGGCCCUCAGUGAUAAGAAGAGUGAGAGGGCGAAGGACAUGCACCUGCUGAAGAGACUGACCACACUACUGAAGAGCAGAGAGGUGGAACCAGAUAUCCUGGAGAGCGAGGCCCAGAGUGUACUGCUGGACAUCAAACACCCUGCCGUUAAGAAACAGGCCCUGGAGUCUUUGCUAGCCAAUAAGAAUGCUCCAGUCUCCUGUCUGACCAACAUCACCCGAGUCUUACUGGCCAGUCUCAAAGGGCAAGACCCUGAGGCGGUAGAUGAAGGGUUGUUCCAGUUGUCUUCCUCCCAACUGAAACUGCUGCAGCUCUACACAGACAUCCAACAGCUCCACUCUACUGGGGAGGCCACCACAGACACACACACUGAACCUACGGAGGUUGCAGGUAUAGAGGAGGAGCUGGCCCGUGUCUCCCCUACCCUGCAGCGCUACGCAGAACUCACGUCCGGCUCCCGCCCCUCCGUCUCUUUCGCCCAGGACUCCCCUGACGCAUCACUUCCUGUCCGGAGCUUCCUGUCCCAGAUGGAGUGUGAGGGAGAGGAGAUCAGAGUGGUGCCAGGGCCCAACGCAGAUUGGACACAGCUUGGGAGCUUUCUGUUCUGGGGCUGUCUGACAGGAGAGAGCCCUCUACAGAAAGUCUGUAACACACUGCAGAAGACCGGCAUCAGCCCACAGCAACUACUGUCUCUGCUGCUGAGUGUAUGGCUGCACAGAGAGAAGGAAGUAUUGAAAAAAACAGAGGCCGUCAGACACCUACACACACUGCUCACUGCCCUCAGCUCCAUGAAAGGUGCGGUGGAGGAGUCGUGGGACAUGCAGUGUGUCUCCCCCUGGUGGCAGCAGGUGCGUGCUGCAUGUGUCCAGUCCCACAGUUCUGCUGCCGCCCUGUUGGCUGCAAUAGUGGCUCACCGCGCUGCUAAGGCUAACAUCACCAUCCUGGCUGAAACCAAGUUCCAGCCAGAGUGGGAGGCGGUGUCGUUGGAACUGGAGCAGUGGGCGGUGUGUGUGAGACAGCUGGAGGACGUGUGGUCCCUGCAGACACUGCUGUGUGUGCCUCCUCCUCAGGGAACACCAGGGAGCGCCACACCACACUGCUCAGUCAAAGCCCUGCUGGAGGGGGGCCGAGGUGGUAUAGCAGACAGCGUGGCUAAGUGGGUGUUCAGGCAAGACUUGGCCCCUGAGCGGCUGAAGGACAUGCUGCAGAGGAGGGGGGAGGCCGAGAGCACGGAACAGCCCUCCCAGCCAGAGCAGGGGGAGGGAGAAAAGAGCCAGGAGGAUCCAGACUUCAACAGGGCAGCAGAGCUGCUGGUGUCUGUGUGUCAGCGUUUCCCAGACUCCCUCUCUCCUGACCUGCUGUUUGCCCACUGCUGCUGGGAGUACGUGGUGCAGUGGAACAAAGACCCAGAGGAGGGGAGAUAUCUUUGUUGGGCGGUGGAGCACCUGAAGCUAGUCUCAAGUCCUCACAUCCAGCUGGGCAUCUCUUCAAUGAUGUGGAACACGUUCAUCGUUAAAUGUUUCUCAGCUGCUGCUUUCCUUAUAGAGAAGGUGGGGAAGGCCCCUAAGGACCGCCUGUGUCGACGGGAUGUGGGAAUGGGAGACUGCGCCAUGACAUCAUUUCUGGGCUCCUGUGUUCAGCUGCUACAGAUUCUGAUGGAGGCAGACUCGGGGGUAGAAGAGGUGCCUCCUCCAGAGCUGUGUGUGGAGGAGGUGUGGGGGGGAGCAGAGGGACCUGCCUCCCUAGCAGAGCUAGCCCUGGAGCAGAAGGGAGUUCACUACCCCCUUGUACAACACCACUAUCUCCUGGCCUCUCUACUCCACACUGCUAUGACCUUCAGUCUCAGGAUCAAACCACUCAGCCUGUUCGACAGCAAGGGUAAGAAUGCCUUCUUUAGAGAGCUGUCGUCCAUCCAGCUGAUGCCCAGUGGAGACAUGGACCCUGGCCUGGUCUCCCUCAGACAGGAGUUCCUGCUCAGGGUGUUGACAGGCUGGGUGACGACCCAGAGGGAGGCGGUGGAGGGCCCUGGGUCUGGGUCAGGGGACAAGACGUGGCCUUCUCUGUGUCUGGACCUGGGACUCCUGCUGCAGGUCAACCCGGACCUCCUGCGCAGACAUCUGGUGUGUGAGCUGUACAACCAGGGCCUGGACCCCCGGGCAGAGCAGGUGAUGUUUGAGGUGGAGGAUAAGGACGUGUUGGGUUCCCAGCUGUUGGUUCUAACAGGCCAGAGGCUGAGCUACUCCCUGCUCCACACCCAGACCCAGACCCGACCCGCCAUGGAGCUGCUGGCACGCCUCCCCCCCACACUCUGCACCUGGCUCAAGGCUAUGGACCCCAGUGAGCUGGGGUGCCCGUCGGUGCCCCUGAGUCAGACCAGCAGGCUGGUGAGCCGCCUCAUAGAGAUCCUACCUGAGAACCACGGCCAGUACAGCCUGGCACUACACCUACUGGAGGCUGUGGAGGACCUGCAGAGAGAGGACUGAGAGAGGGGGAGGAGGACAGAGGACAGAGGGGGAGGAGGACAGAGAGGGGGAAGAGAGAAAGGACAGAGGGAGUAGAAGCGAGGGAACUAGAUGGCUUCUGUGCAUUUUUGUUCUUGCUAGCAUCCAAUAUAGGAGUGAGAGAGUGGUAGUGAACUGGUAUAUUACCUAUCAUGUACAGGAAGCAGAGGUACCCUGUUUUUGAGAGGCUUGUGCUCAGUUGAGAAGAAAAGGUUGAAUCUAAUUAAGUGUAAAUGAUAGAGAGGGGGUAGGAUGGGUUUUUAAUUUAAUCCAGUGCUCACUCAUCUUACUCCGAUUUCAAAUAACAUUGUAUUAGGUUGAUCAAUGUCCAAGCCUGUAUUUCAGAAUAGAAUAAGGGGGGCCUAGAUGGAGUUGGUUAAGUCCUGUCACUUUGUCUCCCAGCUAUACCUAGCAGCCCCUGUACUCUCCCUUUUAACAUACUUAACGACACACUCAAAAGGGGGUUGCAGGGUGUGUGCCAUAUGAUUGUUCAGUAAGCAUCCCUUCCUCAGCUGUCCCUCAGAUUAGUGAUGUAUGAUAAACAGACCUGUUAUUUAUACAUGCUGCAGUACUACUAGCUGUGCCUGUACCCACUGUACUGUUCUGUAGUUGUAAUCUAGACACUGGGGGCAGACAGCAGAAUAAAAAAAGUUAAAUGCUCA